AUGUCCCUUGAACCAGGCGGGCCCAGGUCGAUCUCGCCUGAGAGUGCUACUCGCGACCCCCAACACCCUCCGCGACAAUGGAGGAACCAACUCAGCGCUGAGGAUGACCCGCCGACUCAAGACAAAGCCUACCGCAAAUAUGCUGUGGGCGUCGACCGAGCCCUCACCCUCUUCGAGACUGCGCUGCAGGAAUGGGCAGACUACAUCUCCUUCCUAAAUAGACUCCUCAAAGCCCUCCAAGCUCGGAACCAAAACAUACACACCGUCCCGGCCAAGGCGACAGUCGCGAAACGCCUGUCGCAAUGCCUCAACCCUUCCCUGCCGUCGGGCGUCCACCAAAAGGCCCUCGAGGUUUACAAUUAUGUAUUUACAGUAGUAGGGAAGGAUGGCUUGUCACGGGACCUUCCGUUGUACUUGACCGGACUUGCGCCCACUCUGUCCUUCGCCUCCCUAUCCGUGCGGACGCCCUUCUUAGACCUCCUGGAACGCCAUUUCCUCGACUUAGACCCCCGAGCUCUUCGGCCCGCCAUGAAAUCCAUCAUACUGGCUCUGUUACCAGGCUUAGAAGAGGAGACCGCGGAGGACUUCGACCGAACACUGAAGCUUUUGGAGAGCUUCAAGAAAGCCAUACGGCCAGCAGGAUCGGAAGAGAUCACGCCCAUACACUCGGCCGGAGAUGACUUCUUUUGGCAAUGCUUCUUCUUGGCCGCCAUCACGGGACAGAGUCGCCGGCCUGGAGCUCUGGCUUACCUCGUGCGAAGCCUCCCCAAGCUGGGUCAUACACUGACACCGGAGUCGCGGGACGCAGACAGUUCGAUACAGAGGGAGGAAACCGAGCUAUCCUCCAAGGUAUCCCAGCUAGUCACCACACCAGAACCCGGGCUGCUGUUGCGAUGUUUCGCUGCUGGUCUGGCUGAUGAGCAGCUGCUCAUCCAGAGAGGGUUUCUAGAUCUGCUGGUGACCCACCUGCCCCUACACUCCAAGGUCCUCCAGGAGCGAGUUAAGCCAGGUGAUCUAGAGCUUCUCCUGAAGGCUGCCGCCGGGGUAGUGACCAGGCGAGAAAUGAGCCUGAAUAGGAGGCUUUGGACUUGGCUCCUCGGCCCAGAGCCCCCCGCCGGUGAGACCGACAGCGGGCUGGAAUCCCCUAGCUCUCCGUCGGCACAUCACAACGGACUGCUAUCAACAAGGACAAGCUAUUUCGAGGAGUAUGGACUCGAGCCGCUCAUAAAGUCAUUGUUGGCUUUGAUCAAAGACGCCCCAGAGACCACUGCGGCUGAGAAAGCCCGUCCGUACCGCAUUUGCCUGUCUCUGAUGGACAGAUGGGAAAUCGGUGGCCUUGUUGUGCCUGAGAUCUUCCUGCCAAUCGUUGACAGCGUCAGGAACUUCAAGGUUGAAGCCUCUAGCCAGUCAGAGUUUUCUGAAGUCCUGCGUAGUGCUAGCACCUUCUUCGACGGUGUAGAGAGUGGCUUGAUAUACGGCGAGAUACUAGGUCAAAUGGCCCAAGCAAUCGGCCCUGGGGGCUCUUCCACAUCGGAGCGGUCAGACAAACUUGCGCUGGUCCAAUUCAUAAUCAAACACUUCAACAUCAGGGAAGAAGAAAUGGUCACAGUUCACGCUCCGCUGACUGCGCUUGCGAUCUUUUGCAUGAUCGAGGACGCGAGGAGCAGAGAGGAGACAGAGACUGCAUCUACGCAAAGAGAUGACCUAGUCACCACUGCACUUGGUAUUGCGGCCGAUCUCCUGGACAUCGUGCCUGAGCGGGCGUUCCCGUCCAAGCCAGAAAGCACGUCUUCAGACUCGACAGUUCUAGGAACAUCGCAAAACUUGGAUCUUUUGCUGAAGAUACGAGACUUCUACAUCCACGAGCAGGGUAAUUUGGACGUUUCGAAGCCACCAUUGACCCGCCGCGAUGUAGGAGAGCUCCUAUUGCAAAAGUCUUGCAGCCUGGGAUGCGAGAGCCUAAUGCGCAAAGAAUCAGCAGCAGACCUCAGCGUUAAGUGCCGCAUAUUGAUGACGCUGAUCUCAAAGACGCCACAAGACUCUCCAUUCGAUAAUUCUCGUCUCCUUGCAGCACUCCACACCUGCGCCUCUGAAGAGGGGUCACUGCGGUUUGUUACUUACUCGUCUAUCCUCUCCCUCUCCACCCAUCUAUUCUCCUCUGGCCGGAUAUCCCACAACGACCUUUCCGAACUUGUCAUACCUCUGGUUCAGCAUGCUUGGUCCUACCUGUCCGCUUCGAAGCCGCGGUAUCAUGUCGAGACCGUGAGGAGUCUUUGGCAACUUCAGAGUGUGCUUACCACGCAGAAUCGGGAUAUUGAGGCAGCUAUUUGUGCUUUGAUGAGCCAAAGCGAUGUCAACGGAAAUUUCCCUGUUCGACCUGCAGAGCCUGGUCGAAGAUUCAGCAUCCUGUGGUCCCACAGUCUGCAGGACAACCCUCCAACCUCAGACAGGAGAGCCCCAAAGACUCCUCAUGGAGAUCUGUCAACCUCUCCGAGGCUUGCUGGCAUAGACAACUACGAGGUCAUGCUGACACGGCCAUUAUUUUUGAUGCUCGAUGCAUUCUCGGAUGAAAAGACCCAGCUUUUCAUGGCCGCCAAGACAUGGCUCAACAGUCUAGUAGGCGUUGACAAGAUAUUCUACGUCUUUACUUUGCAAUUUUUGCAAUUGCCGUUUCUGCGAAGCGCCCCUGUCGACGCCGGCACAUCCGAUGAGAGGAAGGGAUUCACCGAAAACGAUGACCUUGACCUCUGCCUGUACUAUCUGAGAACAAUCUCAAAUAUCUUCCGCUGGGCGCCUGACGCGAUAUGGAGUGUAUUGGCCACCAAGACUAUCUCUGCUGAUGAUUUUCCUGGUUUGGUAGAAAUCACCGAUACCCAGGACGACGUGCCUCUCCAAUUCUUCCUCCUACAAGUUUGUCUGAGGUGCAUCUCACAUUACCAGAUAUCGGAUGACAGCGAGAUCAAAGUCCGAGUCACACAGCUUAUUCGGAGUGCCCUAGUAGUCCUCCACCAGAUUCUUCUCAGUCCCUAUGCUGCGCCUCUGGCAAGAUUGCAUCUUGAGGACAUCUUGAUCGAGAGGCUUUCCAGGUCUUUGGACUGCCCAGAUCCCUAUUCCCAGGUUCUUCUUCUAGAUGUCGUAUUCGCUUCUCUGAAGCUUCGAGAGGUGCUCUCUGCCGAGCCUCCACCUUCACCUACUAUGGAGAAAAGGAAGCAAGGUGGUGAAGUUGGAAGUCACCGUGGGUCCGUCUCUGCGGACAAGACAUCUCGACUUCCUCCCCCGCCACCAGCGUUACUCAAGUGCCUGCAAGCCGGUCUCUCGUCCCCGAGUAGUCGGCCAGUAUUGGACAGCUGGAUCAGUUUCCUUACUGAAUGCUUGCCAUACUAUGCCGACACCAUAUUCCAGGUGCUGAUUCCGCUUGUGGGGACGCUGUGCGAUCAGAUCGGUACCACCUUCACCAGCCUGCAGCAAAUGUUCAAGGGCCGUGAGCAGGACUGGAAAGAUCACACUGACGCUCCAGAAACGACCUUGAUCUCUUUCUUGAAUGGGCUUGAGCACGUCCUGGCUAGGAGCCAUGACAGGUUAUUGCUGGAGGAGGCACGCACACAGGUUGUUAAGAGCCCCGAUCAGCCACAAGGUUUCUUCGGAAAUAUGGUGUCUGGCGUGUUCUCAAACGAAAACCUGCACUCUAGGAGUGCUACGGCGAAUGAUAGGUUGACCGUGUUGCUGGCUUUUCAGGAUGCCGUGAGAAUCUGCUUUAGAAUCUGGUCUUGGGGCCAAGGCGGUGACGCGACUGCGCAAGCCACCAGCUCCAUGGCUUCUUUCAAGUACACCUCUCUGCGUAUGAGAAACCGCGCCCGCAGACUUUUAGAGCAUUUGUUUGCCGCAGAAACUCUGGAGUGCUUGGAGACAGUCAUCGACAUAUGGCGCAAGUCGUUGACCGAUUCUUCAUCACAACCGCACGUCGAAGUCUUCAACCUUCUCCCUGCCCUUGAUGGUUCACGACCAAAACAUACCAUACCGGCGAUAUUCAACUCUAUCUAUAGCCGGACGAAUCCGACGGCGCUUGAUCCCACACGCAAGUCUAACCUGACGCUGGACCUUCAGGACACUGAUAUUGUCAUUUUCUUGGUGGACUACGCCAGAUCUCUUGAGGACGACGCCAUGGACGAGAUUUGGCAGGACUGCAUCACAUUCCUGAAGGAUCUGUUGACCAACCCAUUCCCACAUCGUCAGACACUUCCAAGCCUUCUCGAGUUUGCUGCAAUUUUGGGGGUCAAGGUCGACAAUACGAACUUCGGAGAGCAGCGCAAGAUGCGCCGGGAGUUGGGGGACCUGUUUUUAAGACUGCUGACCGCGCUAUUCACGACGCGGCCUGUUAAUUUCUCGGAUACCAAUAACGGCACCUCUGAGAAGCCGAAGCGCCUUGAGCCUUCCGGACAAGCCACACCAAGCAGGACUCCCCAAGAACGCGCGGACGAUGUUGUCUCCAUAUUGUCUUCGAUUACCCCUGAUCUUCCCAAGAUACUGGUUGAAAAUGACCGCGUCCUCUCGGCUGCGACAUCCAUCUCCACCAGCGUGAUCGGACCAGCAUUACGCGCAAAGGCAUUCCCAGACACAUUUUCUAAGAGCACUCUGGUCUUGCUGCAGGAGCUUACGCGACUACCAAACAACCAAAAGACCUGGAAGAGAGACGUCACAGACGCAUUCAAUGAUCCUCGGUUCUUUGGGACGAACGUGACACUGAUUCUGAAUGACUGGUUGCCUCUGCUCAAGCAGUGGACAGUCACGGACAAGGAUCGGUUGCCAGAACUGCUUAGCCGGAUCACUGCACCGACAACAGCAGGAAUAGUGUUUGGCGUAGGCGCCACCUCGGCGAGACUCGAGGCCGAUCGAAAGACGCAACUGAACCUCCGCCGCAUAGCCACACUAAUUCUGGCGGCAGCGGAAGACACAUUUGUCACAGAAUUGCCCAAUAUCUUAGACAAGCUUGUCGAAUUACUAGGAGCAACAGCUACUUCAUCCCCAUCCUCGACCACGCGGGCAGAGCUGUUCAUGGUUGUCCGCGCCCUCGUCCUGAAGACAAGCGCCAUACACCUGGCUCCGAUCUGGCCAGUAAUCAAUGCGGAGCUGCACUCGUCUGUGUCAUCCGUGGCGGCCCCUGACCACAGCGCUGCCUCGGAGAUGUACAACAACGGUUCGGUACUGCAAGCGUGCAAGCUAUUGGACCUGCUCAUCUGUGCGGCCCCCGAUGACUUCCAACUUCACGAAUGGCUUUUCGUGACAGACACAAUCGAUGCAGUGUACCGACCGGUCAACUAUCAAGCGAUCGCGCUGGUGGACGAGCUCUCCGAGGAGUUGGGGUCCGCAAUCGUGACACCGCAUCCGCAGUCAGAAGACACAGCCUUUCUGACUGCACAAGGCCCUCGCAAGCGGCCUUUACUGGGAGCUGGUGGUAUCAGGGAUGAUAUCAACCUGGAGAGGAGGGAAGAGCUGGUUGCAAAGAUACUGAGGCCGUUCUUCGGCCAACUCAGCAUCUUUGCCUUUGAGUCAACGUAUGCAAUGAGUCCUGUGGACUGGGAGGGCUGCGUCCAGGGACUGCUGAGGGAUUUGUUCGAUGAGUCCACCAUUGUGAAGGCGCUAUGA